GGCGGAGGGCUGCGGAAGCCCUUGCCUCCUCCCCCGGCCCCGGCUCACACGCGGAGCAGGCGGUAGCCUGAGGAGCGGCACCAGCGCUGCCCCAGCCGCCGCCGCUGCCCGGAGAUGCCGCCGCCCGCGCUGCCCCUGCUGCUGCUGCUGCUGCUGCUGCCGCCCGCGGCGCGUCCCGCCGCCCCGCCGCACAGGCCUACAUUUACAUGUGGAGGAGUUGUAUCUGGAGAGUCAGGGUUUAUUGGGAGUGAAGGAUUUCCUGGAGUCUACCCUCCAAACAGCAAAUGUACUUGGAAAAUCACAGUCCCAGAAGGAAAAGUGGUGGUUCUUUCUUUUAGAUACUUAGACCUGGAAAGUGACAACUUGUGCCGAUAUGACUUUGUUGAUAUAUACAACGGCCAUGGCAACGGACAACGCAUCGGCAGGUUCUGUGGUACUGUGAAACCGGGUGCUCUUGUAUCCAACAGCAAUAAAAUGUUGGUGCAGAUGACUUCAGAUGCUAAUACUGCUGGAAGUGGAUUCAUUGCAAAGUUUUCUGCAGCAGAACCACAUGAAAGAGGGGACCAGUACUGUGGGGGACGACUGGAGAAGCCAUCGGGGUCCUUCCAAACACCCAACUGGCCAGAGCGAGACUACCCAGCAGGAGUCAGCUGUUCCUGGCACAUUGUGGCCCCAAAGAACCAGCUAAUAGAGUUAAAGUUUGAGAAGUUUGAUGUGGAGAGAGACAACUACUGCAGAUAUGACUAUGUUGCAGUGUUUAACGGUGGGGAAAUCAAUGAUGCUAAAAGAAUUGGGAAGUACUGCGGAGACAGUCCACCAGCGCCUAUUCUGUCUGAGAGAAAUGAGUUGCUUAUUCAGUUCUUGUCCGAUUUAAGCUUAACAGCUGAUGGUUUUAUUGGCCAUUAUAAAUUUAGACCAAAAAAAUUACCCCCAACUACAGUUCCACCUACUACCACAACAAUCCCUGCUACCUCAAUUGUGAAACCUACAGUUGCCCUGUGCCAGCAAAAAUGUAAGAGGAGUGGGACUCUGGAAAGCAGUUACUGUUCAAGCAAUUUUGUAAUAAGUGGAACAGUAAUCACAACAGUAACGCGGGCUGGCAGUCUGCAUGCAACAAUAUCCAUUAUUAAUGUAUACAAGGAGGGAAAUUUAGCAAUUCAACAAGCCGGCAAGAGCAUGAGUGCCAAGAUUGUUUUUGUAUGUAAGCAGUGUCCUCUCAUCAGAAGAAGUUUCAACUACAUCAUCAUGGGCCAGGUAGAAGAAGAUGGUAGAGGCAAAGUCUUUCCCAACAGUUUUGUCAUGAGUUUUAAGACUAAGAACUCAAAGAUCUUAAAUGCCUUGAAAAACAAAACGUGUUAAAAGUAAACUCUGCAGCUGCAUUCUAUCAUCUCUCUUGAAAAAUAAUUUCCAUUUAGUAUAUUAGUCAUGAAAAUACAACUGACUGUCAACAUUAAGACCAUCCUCACCCCUUCUCUCCCCUCCACCCUAAGCCCAUCCCCACACAAAGUGGUGUCCAUUCCACGUACAAGACAAGAACAGAUCCUUCUAAGUCUUAAAGCUGAAGAUUUGCAGCACAGCCAUCUGAUCUCAAACACAUCAAAUUCCAAUUACUUGGAAGCUGUUAAUUUAUAAUUGUCUGAUUUUUUAAGGAGUUUUGUAUGUAAAAUAAGAAUUCUAAGUGCAAUAUUUAUA